GCCCCCGCGGAGACGACCAGAAGGAGAGCAGGGAGGAGUGGCUGCAGAGGCCUCGGCGACCACCGAACCCGAACCGAACCGAACCACCAGGACCAGGACCGACGCUCCCGCCGCCAUGUUCCGACUCAUGGCCAGCCAGGCGAAGAAGCACCCCAGCUUGAUUCCUCUUUUCGUGUUUCUUGGAGCCGGAGCAGGUGGCGCGUUUCUGUAUACCAUGCGCCUCGCUACUCGCAAUCCCGAUGUCUGUUGGGACAAAAAGAAUAACCCAGAGCCUUGGAACAAGCUGGCACCCACUGACCAGUAUAAGUUCUAUUCGGUUAACGUGGACUACAGCAAGCUGAAGAAAGAAGGUCCCGACUAUUAAAGAACAAAAAAAAAUCCCCCUUUACAAGCUGCACAAAAUGAAGGUCUUCAGGUCUUCCAGAAGCCAUCCGCACAACUCAUAUGCUUAAAUCAUCCAGGAAAUCCUAAAUUUUGUUGCACAUUGCACUUAAACCAUACAUUUGUGAAAGAGCUUGUUGGGACUUAAUAAAAUCUAAUGCUUGAAAUCUUAA